AUGACGCGUUGGGAGCGACUGGUAAAAGCAGCGAAAUGGGCAGUGACUGUGACAGAGAAGGCGAUGAACAGGAGCAUGCUCGAAAUUUGUAUUCGCGACAGCAUAGAGACAUCACGACGCAACGAGCCUUUGGAGCAGAAGGCCGCCGAACGGCUGUUCGCAGUCGGCGAAUACGAGAAGCUGGUGGAAGAAUUUGUGGAAACACUCAAGAAGAAGCAUCCUACAGACCACUCAGAUAUGAAUAAAAUGAAUAUGUAUAAACCAAAACCAGACGAUGGACCGGGGCCAGAUCGAAAUUUAUCCCCAGAUGACGCUGUUAUAAGGGAGCGCGAUCAACUUUUGGAAGAAGUUAAUUCUCUUGAAACGAGCUACUGUGAACUGUUCAAGCGCUACGAGAAAUUGCGACUGGCUAGCAUCGAAAUUAAGCAGGUUUUCUAUUUUCUAAACUUCUUGGCUUUGUGUGUGUCUUAUGUAUUUUUUUUUUUUUUGCGUUAA